AUGUCGGCAAUGCAAUGCGCAGAAGAGAAGGUUCGAUGCAGUGGCGAUAGACCAAACUGCCAACGUUGCGUGCGAACAGCACGAACAUGCGUGUACGAGCAAAAGGAGGGCUAUGAAUCUCGUCGGAACCUGUUCCUCACACAAUCUACCACCACCGUGCCAUUGCAAGACGGAGGGGUAGGUCAAGACCUGACUCCUAGUAUGCAUGUGCCUGGAGAUCUUCUGGUUACCCUAAUCCCUAUUUAUUUUUCUCACAUCUAUAACGCCUCUUUGCUUUUACAUCGGCCGUCCUUUGAACCUAGCGCCAUUGCCGGCCGUGAAAAGCCUCAGGUAGUUUUAAGUGUUUGUGCAUUUGCUUCGAGAUUCCUACGCAGCGUCAACUGCGAGCAGAUACUGGAUGAACAACGAUAUAGUCGUUCUUGGGCUAAUCAGGCGGCGCGUCUUGCAAUGUCAGAGAUUGAAGAUCCUCAGGAGGCAAAUUUAGUAACAUGCAUGAAUCUUGCCCUCUUCUGGUACAGCCUUGGAGAAUGGAGAAAGUCAUUUAUGUUCAAAGCCCACGUACUCGGGCUGUCGUUCGAACGUCCUGAUCAACGAGACAACCUUAAGUCCGAGAUUCGACGCCGAAAAUAUUGGGCGUGUCAUGCUAUCAAUGCAUUUAGCUCGGAUAUACUUUUCUUUGAUCAGAGACGUUUACAUCAGAUAAAUCUCAAACUGCCCUGCGCAGAUGCUGAUUAUGAAGCCGGCAUUAUCCCAGACAACACCACUAACAGCAUCUACGGCGAGAUGAUCAAGGCACUUGAUCUCUGGGCUGCUACUGCCGAGCUUGUAAGGACCUCUGAGGUGGGUGGGGAUUUGCGAAUCUCUGCAAUGCAUACUCUGGACAAAAAAAUCGAGGCCUGGUGGAAUGAGAUACCACAGUACAUGCGCCUCGAGCCCAAACGCUUAGCCUUGUCACGCCAAGAUUCUCUUCCCCGACUGCUGCUCAUUCACAUCAUCUACCAUCAGUGCCUUUGUUCGCUACAUUCGUCAAUUGUACCCAUAUUCUCUUUAAGCGUAAACGAUCCCCAGUCAUCUCAAGCUUGUCAGCUAUCUGCUCAAAUAGCGUACGAGAAUGCAAAUAUAGCAUCAGAAUACUUUUCUGCUGCGCUCGACGAUACUUGGGAUCCAAGCCGGAUACCGAGUUUUGUUGCAUAUGCCGCAUACGGUGCCUGCUCGAUUCAAAUUCCAUUUAUCUGGUGUACAGAGAAACGGGUCAGAGAAGUUGCGCACAGAAAUGUAGCGGCGAAUAUUAGAAUGAUCCAUCAUCUGAAGAAGUACUGGAAGUUUGCUGCUCUGUUGGUCAGUAAUUUGAUAAUUGUUCUUCACAUGACGAAGACUGUCGAGAUUGACAUUUCUUUCAAGGAGACUAAUUCUCGAAUGCUGUACCAAGUACAUUCAAAAAUCCCCCAUAUUCUCGAAAAUGAGCCCAAAUUUAUGACCCCUGAGCGAUUCAACAUAUUCACGGGUAAUUCGGGCCGUGCAAGACUUUCUGUGCUGACUCACAACGCAAUUUUACUGGGGAAUGAUGGUGUUGUCGCAGAGAAUGCGGAACAAGUUGAUUGCGGGACAAAUGAUAUCUCCCUUGAGUGUGUAGCUUUACCUACUCCGAAUACUGCGGCAGAAUUGGAGACAGAAUCUUUUGACAUAGCUUCAACUUCAGCCACGUUUUCUGACAUACCAUACCUAGAUCCGGCGUUAUUCACCUCCGAUUUUCCCAGCAUUACUUUUGACAUGGAGUCAUUCAAUGAAGGGUUUCCGGGUGUUAUGGAUAAUUGGGAGUGAAACGGACGCGCUAUGUUGUGGUAUAUCACAGCAUCGAGAAGCCCGAGAACAUAAGAGACAACCCCCCCGCCGCAUCGAACACGAUAGUUCAAACAUUUUUCAUAAUUGAAGGGAGUAGAAACAUUUACACAACUCCGCAUGAGCAUGAGUUUAUUGGACAGUAAGCGUAUGUUCUACAUCACGGUUUCGUCUCUGGUCGAGUUGUACGACUACUCAAAUGCAUCUGCAGUCCUUUGGAGAUACAGUUGCUACGAAUCGGAGCUACUUUGUGAGGUCGGUUUCCAGAAUACCACCUUAUAUACUACCAUACUACUGUAUGUGUUGAGUCUCAAAUUUGAUGUUCGCUUAUCUGUCAUGCACAGUAUUAUUACUUUAAUAGCUUAAUAAC